CCCUACUAUAAUUGAUAAAAGCAAGGAUUUUUCAAUGUUUAUAUCAAGAAUAACAAACUUUUGAAAUAUUGCAGUUGGAACUUCUGUUUUAGACAUUGAAAGCAAAGUGGCUCAAAGUCUACAUUCGAUGGCAAUAAUUCAAACAACAUGUACAUGACGGUCAUUAUAAAGAAGACAGUCUGUUGAUGUACAUGUUCAUGUAACACUAAUUAUGUCAGAAGGACCAGCAAAAUACUAUACCCCAAGGGUAGCGAACUGCACACGUCCAGAGGCCCGUGUUAAUGCAGUCAGAAGUAGGGGCAAUAAGCCUGAUUGGUUUUCUCAUGACCCAAGUCGCCCGGAAGCUGGAGAAAAUCCAUUCAUUCCCCGAGGAAGAGGACAAAGACCCGAGGGAGGUCGAGUCUCAGAUAAGUUUCGCAAACAGAAACCAGAUUGGUUCCAACAUGAUCCAUCGCGGACUGAUAUUAGCAAAUCUCCUGUAGGGAGGGGCAAAAAUGAAGAAGCAGUUGGAAUCAAAACAAAAAUAUAUGGGGACCAAGAAUCCUGGUAUAAACAUGAUGAAAAUAGGAAUUAUAGUCCUCCAAAGAAACCUCUUCGUGUUACUGCAGUUGGUGCCGAACAAAACGCAAUAAAAAAUAAACCUAUGGGUGACGUUAAUUGGUAUAAACAUGAUGGCUCAAAUGUUGCUCCAUAUCAGAAGCCACCAGAAAAGGGUACCGACCCUCGUUUGAAAGAAAAUGCUACUAAUUUCAAGAAUCGAAAAUCUGAUUGGUUUGAGCAUGACCCUAACAAUGACUACCAUGAUCCUAUCCCCCCUCCCAGGGUAUCCUCCCCAGAGGCAACCUCAAAUGCCCAAAAGCUACGGGGCAACACCCCUAUAUGGUAUAAUGCAGAUGAGAACUAUGGAUACUCAUCACCAAAACCUGCCCCGAGAUUAGCAACAGAGGCAGCUGAGGGUAUCGCAGAGAAAAACAGAGGCACAAUGGAUAAAUGGCUCAAGCCCGAUGACAGCCGAAAUUAUGAAACGGAUCGCCCUCAAGCUCGAGUUAAGCCUGAGGCUGAGUCAAUCGCUACACGCAAUCGUGGCCAGAUGGGUGCUUUAUUGGAUCAUAAAGGUGGCAGCAGAAUGGACCAGUCCUACGCAAGAGCAGUUAAACCUGAAGCUUUGGGUAAUGCUGUGAAAAGUCGUGGCAAUAUGGAUAAAACAUUAAAUCAGGAUGACAAUUGGGGAUAUGAAUCUGCCAAACCAGCAGCUAGGGUUAAACCUGAAGCUGAAGAGAUUGCAAGGAGAAACAAAGGUGUAAUGAAUGAAACAUUAGCAGUUGAUGCUUACCCAAGUGCCCCUAUGAAGCAAAAGCCUAAAGGAAGAGCUGUUAAGUCAGAGGCACAAGAAACGUCAAUUGCAAAUAAAGGCAAUAGGACUAAAGAGCUAAUAGGAGAAUAUGGCAAUCUUGGACUCUCCGUUCGACCUAUUCCAAGGAUUAAACCAGAGGCAGAGGAAUUCGCAAAUAAACAUAAGCCAACAGUGCAGAACUUAUUCCAUAGUUAUGGCGCAUUGCCAAUAUCUGGUCGCCCUGUACCAAGAGUGAAAAAUGAGGCACAAGACUUUGCAAACAAAAACAAUAUGUCAUCGGCUGAUAAGGCUAUGUAUAAUAAAAAAUCAUCCCGUAAGACUGCCUGGGAAUGACCUGGUCCAUGGUCAGUCAAAAGAUUUAGAGUGAUUUACAACUGGUAUAAAGUCUCAGGAUUGCUCUUUAUAUUCCCAUGUUACCCUUUGUGCUUUCCCAAUUCAAAUAAGUGAUCUCCACAGCAUUUUUUCUCAAGUGGGUGCAAAAUUCUCAUUUUCACAAUUCAGACAAAAUUUGGUCAAAAUAUGCCAAUUUUUCAUGAUUUUUCUCAUUUUCAAGUGGGUGCAAAUGGAUUUUCAGGUGGGUGCGAGCCUAUUUUCAAAAUUUCAGGUGGGUGCCGUGCCCACUUGCUUUAAUGCUGGGGAGAUCACU